AUGUCUCAGCAUGGUGGCAUGGAUAUGCCUCCCUCUGAUGAUAAUAUGAUGAUGAUGAUGCAAAACAGCUUCUACUGGAGCAAAGACGCUAUCAUCCUUUUCUCUGGAUGGCCCAACCACAGCCCUUUCAUGUAUAUAUUGGCUCUCUUAUUCGUAUUCCUUCUGGCUGUCGCCGUUGAGGUCUUGUCCAUCCCUCCCACCCUCAAACAGGGCACGAUCCCAACGGUGGCAGCCUUAACUCAGACCGUUGUCCACGCAGUUCGCAUGGGUCUGGGUUACUUGGUGAUGCUGGCAGUUAUGUCCUUCAACGUGGGAGUACUCCUAGUUGCCAUCGCUGGCCAUGCCGUUGGCUUCUUUCUCAACAAAUAUCGUGCACUCUCUGUGGCACCUUCUCCCGAGGCCCUCCCUCUUAAAGUAUGA